AUGGGCGAGCCAUUAAUGUUGAUAUCGUCGAUCGUCUAUUCGCCCCAAAAAGCCCACAGCCGAUACUUUAUUCAAAGAUUAGUGCUUGGAUUUGGCAAGUAUGACAGGAGUAUUGAUCUCAAGUUGGCGCACACUAAGGACCACUCGACCCGGUUCGAAACAAAGGGACAUGACCAAUUUGACGGGAAUAACACACCCGUGCGCGGAAAUGACAUGGAGCCAGUUAAUUAUUUUUCGGCUGGUCCGUUGGUUAUUAGUCAAGCGAGAACCAAAGGAAACAAACCAGUUGCUUCCUCAAGCCGUCAAACGCCGACUACGGAACUUGUCUCUCUCUUCUGUCUCGUUGACGGCGAGUCUACAAUAAAAGCGUUUGCAGUCAGAAUAGAUAAGAAUGAAUUUGUUAGUGACCUUCGCAAGAAGGAGAUGGCUCACCACAACCGAACCUUGAGGAACUCAAUUCAGGCGACAAAAAAAGGGCUGCUUCCUGGAGAGGAGAUGCAGGAAGCAUUUCCUGAACCUCUGCUAAAGAAAUACGUCCAUGUUAUUAUGAAAUCGACUACCAUUAUCACUCCCUUUGAUAAAGUUAUAUGGAAGUUUAACAUAGAAAGUUAA